AUGGCCAAACAAAAUGAUUCCACAGUGACUGAGUUUGUCCUCGAGGGACUGACAGAAAAACCAGAACUUCAGCUGCCCCUCUUUCUCUUAUUCUUGGGGAUCUAUGGAGUCACGGUAGCGGGAAACCUGGGUAUGAUCUUCCUCACCACUUUCAGUUCCAAGCUCCAAUCUCCCAUGUACUUUUUUCUUGGUAAUUUGUCAGUCAUAGAUCUUCUUUAUUCCUCAGUUGUUACCCCCAAACUCUUGGAAAACUUUGUAUGGGAACAAAAUGUCAUUUCCUACACUGAAUGUAUGGCACAACUUUUUUUAUUUUGUGUUUUUGCUACUGCUGAAUCCUAUAUGCUGACUGCCAUGGCAUAUGAUAGAUACGUAGCUAUCUGUUGUCCACUGCUCUACAAUGUCACCAUGUCUCAAAAGGUCUGCAACAUGCUGGUGACUGGAGUUUAUAUUAUAGCAACUUUUGGAGGUAUGCCCCACACAAUAUUCAUGAUAAGGCUUUCUUUUUGUGGUGACAAUAUCAUUCACCAUUACUUCUGUGACAUAAUUCCUCUCCUAAAGCUCUCCUGCUCAAGUACUUACAUCAAUGAGCUUAUGGUGAUACUUGUGGGCGGAUUCAAUGUGUUAGCAACAACUGUGCCCAUCACCAUCUCUUAUGCCUUUAUACUCUCCAACAUACUUCAAAUACCUUCAACCGAGGGUAAGUCCAGAGCCUUUAGUACCUGUGGCUCUCAUCUUACAGUUGUUGGGCUUUUCUAUGGAUCCAUCAUAUUCAUGCAUUUUAAACCAACAUCCAGCAUCAAUGAGGUCCAAGAAAAGGUGGCCUCUGUGUUCUACACAUCAGUGAUUCCUAUGCUAAAUCCUUUGAUCUACAGCUUGAGAAAUAAGGAUGUAAAGAAUGUGUUGAGCAAAGCCAUGGGUAUGAGUCUCCUCAACAUGAAUCAGGACUGUCUGAUUACACAAGCUAUCUGUGCUGACCAUCCACGAAGUUCAAGUACAUCUACAAGUUUAUCAAAAGGUGCCAGAUAUCCUUUGAAACCUGGCUUCUUGGAUCUCUACCAUGAGGGGUCUCCAUUGACUGACCUGCAGGCCGGGUCAAGUGGUGCCCAACAUGGGGCUCGAGUACGAGGGAUCCCCGUGAAGGACAUUUUUCGAGUAGUUAAGGAAUUUCUGGCCAGACGGCUGCAGAGAAGGCAGCCCAGGACUUAA